UUUAUGUUGGCUUGUCAAAAUGGUCACACUCAAAUAGUUGAACUGUUGCUGAAGGAACAAGUUGAUCCUAACAUACAAACUAAUGAUCAGUUUACUUCUCUAAUAAUUGCCUGUAGCGCACAAAUAGAUAAUAUAGAAAUAGUGCGACUAUUAUUACAGUAUGGUGCUGAUCCCAAUGCUAAGAUAGAUAAGACAGGUACGACACCUUUACUUUUAGCAGUGAAUUUUGGAAGGUCAGAAAUUUUAACAGAAUUAAUAAAUGUUGGUGCUAACGUCAGUGAAACUUUUUCUAUGCCACCAAAGCCAUUUAUUAAUGCUAUUAUUCGUGUACCAAUUAGUGGAAAUUGUGAAGUAAUUUGUAACUUAUCAACAGGUGACGUUACUUUUAUUAACAGUACUGGAAGUUCAAGUGUUUUAUAUAACUUGAAACAAUUAAAGCUUACAUUGAUUCAAUGUGCAGUUGGUAUGGUUGCAUUGAAUGAAGGAAAAGAGAAAUUUCUUCAAUCAAUGAAGCAAGGAAUUAUGAAUAUUGGUAAAAUUUCUCAAUUUGGUAUGGAAAUUGAUUCAAAGGAAAUCAUUGAAGUGUUAUCACAAGUAAGUAUUGACAAGAGACUUGAAGUCUUGAAAGUGUUAUCACUAAGAUGUCCUGAUAAUGAUUCCUACACUCUAAUGCUAGCAGCUAUGUGGGGCCUUACACAAGUUGUGGAUUUGUUACUAGAAGCUGGUUAUGAUCCCCAAAAACCUCUUUCAUCAAGUAAAACUUUUGAACAAUUUACUAAAACAUUCCAUCAAGUUGCAGAACUUGACUUUACCUAUCCAUCUCUUGUUGCUGCUUGCAGUGAAGGACAUUUAGAAGUAGUUAAACUAUUAUUAAGAAAAACGCAUGAUAUAAACCAUCAACAAGAAACUGGGGAAACAUUUUUAAUGCUAGCAUGUGAUUGUGGUCACAAGGAUAUAGUACUAACACUACUAGAGAAUGGGGCAGAUCCUAAUAUUUGUGAUAAUAAAGGAAAUAGUGCUCUACAUUAUGUAUUACUGUCUAACAGCAGUGGAGAUAAUAUACUAGAUAUCAUACAAACACUGCUGUCAUGGAAUAUAAAUGUUAAUGCACAAAAUAAUAAUGGAAUGACUCCACUAUUGACUGCAUGCAGUAAAGGAUACACAGAGGCUAUACUAUUAUUAUUAUUGGAUAAGGCUGAUCCUAAUAUCACUGACAACAAAGGAAAGACUGCACUGAUGUAUACCUGUGAAAAUGGACAUAGUGAAAUAGUUGAGCAUUUAUUAAGGACAUAUGAAACAGAUCCGUUACAGAAAAGCAACAAUGGGAUAUCAGCUCUCUCUUAUGCUGCAUAUAGUGGAAGCAUUGAAGUCAUUAAUAUACUGUUACACAAGCACAAUCCUGAUCAAGAAGAAAUAGAGAAGGCAGUAACAGCAGCUUGUUAUGGAGGACAUAAGGAAUCAAUCAAGUUAUUAGCAGAUAAAAUAAACCUUACAAAUCUUAAAAAAGACAUACUGACUGCUUGUGUGUCAGAUGAUAUGACACUAUUUGUUCAAGUUAUAGCAAAACAAGCAUCAUUUGACUUCUUAUAUACACCAUUGAUAGAAUCUACUGGUCUCACUCCUCUUAUGAUAGCUGCUUCCUGUGGCAGUGAUAGAGUAGUACAAACGUUACUACAGAGAUAUGGAGCUGAUGUUAAUCAACAAGAUAAGCUACUAAAUUAUUCUCCUCUAAUGUAUGCAGUAUCAGGUAGUAAGUCAACCUCAACUGUCCAGUAUCUAUUAGAUAAUUAUGCUAAUGUCAAUGUUAUUAGCAAAAAUAAAAAGACACCAUUAGAUAUUGCUAAAUCUAAGGAAAUAGCACAACUUCUGAAAAAAAUGGGUGGGAAAACAUAUUCUUCCCUCAUGGCAGUCCCAGGUACUGAAGACAGGGCACUAUUGAAUACACAAGAAAGAUUUACUAUCAUAAAGUUUAUGUCUCCGAUGAUCUAAUGAAUGUUAUACCAACUUCUUGAUCUAAUGAAUGUUAUACCAACUCUCCCCUAGUUCACAAUUCUUGUAUUCUCUUUCUUUCACUUUGAACACACACCUUAUUUAGAACAACUUACUUCUAGUGCUAUACUGUAGUCUAAUAAUCCCUUUCCCUCUUUACACAUAGUUUUAGUGAUGCUGAUGCUUAUUCUGUUUAAAUUAUGAUUUUAGUUUAUUAGAAGAAAUGUGUGUCUGCUGAUAAUUUUACAAAAAUUU